AUGAUUGUAAUACGUUUUAUAUUUAUAAUUUAUAUUACUAAUGCAACAUAUCUUUAUUUUGAUCGUAAUUCUUAUGAAAUAUAUAUAAGUGAAUCAACACAAAUUUAUUCAAAAAUUGCUUUAAUAAAAGCUAUAUCAGCUCCAUCAUUAUCUAUUCAAUAUGAACUUCAUGGUGAUACAAAUAAAACAUUUUAUCUUAAUUCUCUUACAGGUGAAUUAAUUUUAUUAAAUUCUAUUGAUUAUGAAACAAUAUCCAUAUAUAAAUUAACAGCUGAAGCACGUUCACCAUCAUCAAUUGCACCUUGUUUUGCUGAAUUAAUAAUACAUAUAUUAAAUAUUAAUGAUAAUUCACCAGAUAUUAAUUUAAUAAUUUAUCCUUCUGUUUUAUAUAAAUCAAAUAUAAUAAAAUAUGAUUUAAAUACAUCAUCAACACCAUUUGCUACAAUAAAUAUAAAAGAUUUAGAUCAAUCAACUAAUAAUUUAAGUUUAUAUUUAAAUGAUACAAAACAUUUUCAAAUACAAUUAAUACGAGAAUAUAAAAAUAAUUUAAUUUAUAUAUUAUCAACAAAAAAUAAUUCACAAUUAAUUUAUCAAGAUAAUUAUUAUUUAUUAUUAAUUUCUUGUGAUAAUGAUCAACCAUUAUUAUGUACAAAUCAAACAUAUAUAUUUCAUAUGAAAUCAAAUGAAUAUUUAUGUAAUUUAUCAUUUAAUCAAAAAACAUAUAUUAUUGAUAUAAAAGAAAAUUUACCAAAUAAAACAUUUUUAAUGCAUAAAAUAACAAAUAAAUUUUGUCGAAAUAUUAUUUAUACAAUUGAUAAUACAAAAAAUUUUUAUAUUGAUUCAUAUACAGGUGAUUUAUAUACAUUAAAAAAAUUUAAUCGAACUAAACAAAGUAUUUAUUUUAUUAAUCUAUUUGUUAAUAAUUAUAUUAAAAUAAAUAUUAUUGUACGAAUACUUGAUCAAUAUGGAAAUAUUCCAUUUCUAAUAAAUAAAUAUAUGAUUAUGAAUCAAAAUAAAUUUUCAUUUAUACAUAUAUUUAAUUCAACAUUAUGUCGAUCACAAAUAGUUAUUGAAAAUUAUUUUCAACUUUUAUCUAAUUGUACAAUUAUAUCUUUAUUGAAACCACCUUUAGGUCAAUAUUUAUUCAAUAUUGAACUUGAACAACAAAUAAAUCAUCAAGAUACAUUUUUACUUGAACUUAAAGAACAAGAACGUCUACUAACCUUUAGACAUUCACCAUGGAUUAUUAUCAUACCGACCAUCAUUUGUGUUUUGUUCGUUCUUGGGACAAUCAUUAGUCUUAUUAUUAUUAUCAAACAAAAACGAUAUAAAUUUAAUCAAUUAUGUCAUGAAUCUGAUGUAGUUUCAACUAUUUCAAAAUUAAAAGUAUAUGAUGAUCAUGAAUUAUCAUCAUCACAAACAAGUACAGCAAUUUAUUUAGUACAAAAAUCAUCACCACCACUUUCAUCAUUAAGUCCAUUACGUGAUGAUGAAGGUUAUUCAGGAAGUUCAAAUGUAUCUGAAAAUCAUCUACAAUUUGAAUCAACAAUUAUUUCUACGAAUGAAUUAAAUGAACAGUAUCGUAUACAUGAAUUUCCUAAUCGUCAAUCAACAUCACCUAAAUAUGAUGUACCAAGACGAUAUAUUGACAAAAUAAAUACACCUUGUAUUUCAACGGAUGCAUCACUUGUAUAA